AAGCCGAGUUCAUUCCGUAGAAUGCCCUGGAUGUCCCUCCUGGAGCGCUGGAUUGCCGGGAAAACCCCGCAGUCUGUUGAAGAUGCACUGGUCACCAGAGCAUGCCCAGUCCCUAAACCAGUGGCCGGAGCAGCACCUCGACGUCUCCUCCACCACCUCCUCACCUGCCCACAAGUCCGACCUCUACCCCAGCACCCGCCAGCGCUUCAACUACGCCUGGGCCAACGACGACAUCUCCGCGCUCACCGCCUCCAACCUCCUCAAGAGGUACGCCGAGAAGUACUCGGGGGUGCUGGAAGCGCCCUACGAGCGCCCGGCGCUCAGCGGCUACGGGGAUGGAGCCUUCGGGCCGGUUAAUGGGCAGAAGGGGGGAGGGGGGGCGCCGGCCCCCCCCUCCCCGCUGCGGCUCCCCCCCAAAGCGCCAGUCUUCAGCAGCCCGCCGGUGGAGGAGCAGCCCAAGAACGUCGACCCCCUGGUCUUGGAGCUGGUGAACACCAAGAUCGUGGAGCGGGGGCCGCCCGUGCAGUGGACAGACAUCGCCGGGCAGGUCUCCGUGAAGGCUGCCAUCGAGGAGGAGCUGGUGUGGCCCAUCCUGCGUCCUGGUGCCUACACUGGGGCGAGCCGGCCACCCCGAACCAUCCUGCUGUUCGGUCCCCGCGGCACAGGGAAGACCCUGCUGAGCCGGUGCAUCUCCACCCAGCUGGGCUCCACCUUGCUGAAGCUCAGCGGGACAACCCUGCUCUCCACCUGGAAAGCUGAAGCUGAGAAGAUCCUGCAGACUGUCUUCUUCAUGGCCAGCUGCCGGCAGCCCGCAGUUGUGCUCAUCACCGAGGCCGAGUCCUUGCUGCUGGCCCGGGCUGGCGAGGACAGCACCCAGGUGAGCAACCUCAAGUCCCAGCUCCUUUCCUACCUGGACAACGUGGCUACCUCAUCCGAGCAGAAUGUGGUCGUCAUCGGGACCACCUCCCGGCCUGGCAGCAUGGACGAAGCUUCCCACCGGCGUUUUGCCAAGCGGUUCUACAUCUCCCCACCAGACAGCAUCGCCCGCCGGCAGAUUCUCCACCAUGCCCUGGCUCAGCAGAGCUCCUGCCUGAGUGAGCGGGAAAUGGCCUCCCUGGUGCAGCACACGGAGAACUUUUCGGGCAGCGAGCUGGUUCAGCUCUGCCAGCAUGCUGGGGCCACCACGCUGCACGGUUUGCCGGGCCAGCUCCAGCCCACCUCCUACCAGGACUUUGAGAAGGCAUUCUGCAAGGUCCGUCCCGCCGCCUCCCAGAAGGAGCUGGACUUGUUCCUGGAGUGGGAUAAAAUGUACGGCACCAGGCACUGACGGCGUGGCAUUGGGGGGUUGGGGUUCGGGGACAGACCC